AUGCCUGCACCAUCCAAUGCCAUGAAGCAGAGCAAGCAUGCUCAGGGUAAUUCCUCACGAUCUGACCGUCCUGAUACUCCUCCGGACAGUCCAGCAACUCAACUAUCCAAUCCUCUUGAGUUUGCCCGCCAAGUUAUUGACACGGUAAAGCUCAUUCAGACAUCCGACUCCAAGGACACCGUCCCAAUCGUUAGACCUCAAGCUGAGCCCGCUGCCCAAGUCUCUGAACCAAUCGCCAGAGCUUCAAAACUUGAAGUCAAGGAGGUGCAUGAAAUCUGGGAUUCCAAGGCGUAUCAGUAUAAAGUUGUCGAGUCGCCUCCGACUUCCGAACUAACUGCUCUGGAUGCGUACGUCUUUGUGGUUCGCACUCGCAUUGACAGGACGAGCCUCAAGUCCAUUGCGUACGUCGACAUCAAAUCGGAAGGCCUGCGGGACAUUUUGAGAAUCGUGCUCAAGGAUAUCAAAUGGCUCAGCCUUGGUGAAGACAAACCUACUAUUGAGCAAAACAUACUGUUUCACCACCUUCCUGAGCUCGAAGCGUAUCGGGCAGAUCAAGCUCGAAGUCGAGCAACAGGUGGUAAACGUGUCAACGCUCUUGAUCUGUUGAUCCGUACCGUCAGGGACAGAUACAAGUCUAUCACAGAGCGUCUUGUCCCACUCCUGAAAGAGGGCAGAAUCACUUAUGACCUGCUCUGGGCUCUCUUCAAGGCCAACAGUCAUGUCAUUUCAAUCUGUGCCGGAAGCGGUAAGCUAAGAUGCCUUAGAUACGACAUGGGUGAGGAGAAAAAGACCGACCAAGGUGUGGAAUACUUCGAGCUGCAAUGCCAGUAUCUCGAUUUCGACGGCAAAGUAUUUGGAACGGUCCAGGCUAAGCUUCCCAUCGAAAAAUUCCAUGGAGCCAGACAGAUCCACACUCUGAACUCAUUUCCGCUCAGCUUUCAUCCAACCCACGGGAAGAUUAGGCAGAGUCUUGCAACCCGUGGCCAGAAGUUCAUAGAGCUAAUAGGCACUCACCACCGGGGUUUUACAGGACACGCUUUCUUCCAGCAUAAGGACGGCAUCGUUCGAAAGACAAUUGACUCAAGGAUCAUGAUUGAUGCCCAACAAUUUCGGAAGAGCAUCCCCAGUUACCCGCGGUUCUUCACCAAAAAGUCCGACUUCGAGGUCGACGUGAGCCUGUUUGUGUCGUCAAGAGAAUCAAACUCGCCGCGGGUGAAGAGUAACGGCUCGAUCCCAGGCGAGAUGAAAGAAGACGAUCUCCUCAUCUGCUCUCCCACGGUAAUGGGAUUCAGCCUCGCUGACAAGUUCUGGGGCGAGUAUGCUGUGGAAAAUAUAAGAUCCAUCGACUGGUCCGACUUACCCUUCACUGCAUUGACGAUUCCUUCGCCUAAGAAAGAGGUCAUUUUGGCCAUUACCAAGAACCGCUUGGGUCAGCCGACUCAGGACAGCCAAGUUCGCCGCCGUGCCCCGACGUUUGACGAUGUUGUUCAAGGAAAGGGACGAGGGAUCAUUAUGCUGCUACACGGCCCUCCCGGGGUGGGAAAGACAUUCACCGCAGAGGCGCUUUCCGAGCACUUCCAUCGACCACUGUACUCGAUUUCCGCCGGUGAAUUGAGCACCGACGCUGCAGAGUUGGAGGGACAGCUCGAUCGCAUCUUCCAAACUGCAAAAGCUUGGGGUGCACUUCUCUUGCUCGAUGAAGCCGACGUGUUCCUGCAACAGCGUUCCCAGCUCAGUCUUGACCGGAGUCGCCUCGUGGCGGUUUUCCUCCGCAAAGUGGAGUUCUUUGAAGGAGUCUUGUUCUUAACCACGAACAUGCUGAAUGACUUUGACGCCGCUAUUCUCAAUAGAAUCCACCUGAAGUUGAAAUAUGACGAUCUCGACAAAAGCGCAAGGAAGGCUGUGAUUAUCCAGUUUUUGAAAAUGAUCAAAGACGACCUGGAGUCAUCAGAUAUCAGUGCGGAAUACUUGGACCGUUUCGCGAGUGUUCAGCUCAAUGGCCGCCAGAUCAGAAACGCCAUCUCCACCGCAGUCGACCUAGCCAACGGGAAAGAGGAACUUCUAUCCUCUUUGCACAUCUCUAAAGCUUUGAUAACAAACGGAUACAUGGUUCCCGAGCCAGGUAAUGUAUCAGUAGACGAUAGUUUGUAUGAGUGA